AUGGCUCCUCCUCCUGCUGCCACCCUGCCUCUGGCUGAGCGACUGAAGGCCCUGGCCCAAACGUUGCAGUUCGCCUGGUUUGUUGGACACUUGACCCUGCUCGUUUCCGUCCUCCGCUACACCCUGUCCUUUAUCUUCUUCAACUACUACUCAUCCUCGGCCCGCAUCGCAUAUCGCCUGGCUUUCAUCUCAGCCGCUGUGACCUAUGGAAUUGUGGUGUACAAGGGCCACUUCGCCCGCGGCGUCCAGGGCAAUAUCCCGUCAAUCCUGGUGAAGCUCGUCUCCGACGAGAAUGUGCAGUAUCUCUGCAUGGCCCUGGUCUGGCUGUACUCGCGCCAGAUCAUCCUGGCUCUCCUGCCCUUCAGCGUGUACUCGGUCUUCCACGUCGCGACCUACAGCCGCAUGUACCUGAUCCCGACCCUUCAGCCGCCGCCCGCCGACGCAAAGCCCACCUCCCCGAAUUCGAAAUCCACUGCCAAGCAGUCCCCCCUCGCCGAGACCAUUGGCCGUUUCAUCAAGCAGUACUAUGACGCUAGCAUGGGUGUUGUUGCAACGCUCGAGAUCCUCCUUCUGGGCCGUCUGUUGAUCUCCGCCAUCACCUUCUCCAAGGGCAGCUGGGUGCUGCUGAUCGUCUACCUGGGUUUCUUCCGCGCACGCUACGCCCAGAGCACCUUCGUCCAGCAGGCCGUUCGCCAGCUUACCGCCCGCGCCGACGCCUCCCUCUCCCACCAGAGCACCCCGCCCCAGGUGCGCGGCGGCUGGGAGACCCUCAAGGGAAUCGUGCGCCAGGUCUACGAGGCUACCGAUAUUAGCCGCUAUAUGGGCCCUCCCACCGCCGCCAACAAGAAGCCCCAGUAA